UUCAGUCACUAACGAGACAGCAAUCUGACGGGGGCUUUUCUCUUCGUGGUCUAAUUCGACUGAGCUAAAGUUCUCCACCGUAAAUAGAGCCACAAAUUAAUAUCACAAUUAAAUGUGUGUUAAAUUGCGUAAUCAGUACGCCACUCGAACGGUUGGUGUUGGUGUCCAUUCUUCAGAAAACUUUCUAUUACCCCCGAUGGGCGACGCGUGUGUAUCCAGCGGGUGGAACUCCCUUAUCAGUCUAUCCACGAUGCUUCCAGUGUUCACACCUGUGCACAUUGCUUCAAACCGAUGACAUCGCUUUAGUUUCACAAAAAAUGCGCUUGUCACGAUUCAUAAAAGCGCUUUUUGGUGGGUUACUCAUCCUAGCAAGCGUUGCACUCGUUCUGUUCGCCUACUAUGGCAGUGCUGCGACGCAUGAAAUUGUGCAAUCAGCACGUAGCAAGCUGGUGAGUUAUCUGCGAGUGGAGGAUUUCAGAAUGCAAGGCCUACUGCUGGAUGAUAAUGACACGCUGCCACCUGGCGAUAUGGGUCAACCGGUCAAAAUCGAGGAACCAAUCCAUCCGGACAUUAGGAAACAAAUUGAUGAAGGUUGGUCCAUGCAGGGAUUGAACCAGUACGCUUCCGACUUGGUGUCGGUCUUUCGAAGACUUCCGGACAUCCGAGACGAAUGGUGCAAAGAGCCAGGUCGAUUUCUUUCAGAACUGCCGCCUGCUUCGAUCGUUAUCGUGUUCUACAAUGAAGCGUGGUCCGUGUUGGUGCGCACAGUACACUCAAUUUUGGAUCGAACUCCACCCGAAUUGAUUGAGGAGAUUGUUCUGGUGGAUGACUGUUCUACUUUGGCACAUUUGAAAACACAGCUGGAUGACUACUUUCGGCCUCUGCAGAAGGUGAGGAUAGUGCGAGCGAAGCAACGGCAAGGAUUGAUUCGUGCGAGAAUCUUGGGUGCCAAAAGUGCUAAAGCUGAGAUACUAACGUUUGUGGAUGCACAUUGCGAGGUUAUAGUUGGUUGGCUUGAAGCCCAGCUGGACCGAGUGGCACGUGAUCCGAAAACCAUUGCCAUUCCCUCGAUCGACUGGAUCCACGAGGACACGAUGGCUUUGAAUGCGAAAAGCUCCCAGCUCUACUUUGGCUCGUUCGACUGGACGGUGAACUUCCAGUGGAAAUCUCGUUCGGAGAAAAAGGUGCAAGCGGAAAACCCAUUGGAACCGUUCGAUACUCCGGUGAUGGCCGGUGGAUUGUUCACCAUCCACAAAGCUUUCUUUGAGUAUUUGGGGUGGUAUGACGAGGGAUUCGAAACGUACGGAGCGGAGAACAUGGAGCUGUCGUUCAAAGCGUGGAUGUGCGGUGGAUCAAUGCAGAUCGUUCCAUGCUCUAGGGUGGCGCACAUUCAGAAACGUGGGCAUCCCUACAUAUCCAAAACCCCCGGAGGGUACAGCGUAGUCAGACGCAACACGAUCCGCAUGGCAGAAGUCUGGAUGGACGAGUACGCCCAGUUCUACUACGAAUCAUUCGGAGGACCGAAGUAUCGCGACAAAUUUGGUAAUAUGUCCUCGCGGAAAGAGCUGAGGCAGCGUUUGAAGUGUAAAUCAUUCCGGUGGUACAUGGAGAACGUCUUUCCGGAGCAGUUCGAUCCAUCGAAGGCGGUGGCCCGAGGGGAGUUCCGAAAUGCUGAGAACAAGGGAAACCAAUGUCUGGAAUGGCCCCCUCCUCUAACUGAACGGGGCGUGGGUGGAUGUCAUGGUCGGGGAGGUCAUCAGUUGUGGUUUUUGUCGGCCGAUGGAGAGGUAACACGAGAGGACCACUGUCUGGAUUAUGAUGGAAACAAGCUGAAGAUGAUUCGAUGUCACAAAAUGAAGGGAAACCAGCAGUGGGUGUUUGAGGAAAAAACGAAGCAUUUUAAACAUGUGAUUUUCAACAGGUGUUUGGAAUGGAGUGAUCACAAGCUGAAGAUGAGUGAUUGUAGCGAGUCGAUAGCAGGUCAGAAAUGGCUUCUUCAGCAUUAUAAUGCGAGUAAUUUGAAAGUGACGUAGAUUUAUACCAUUUUUGAGACUCUUUUUAAUAAAAUAUGUUGUACGCAAAAAGUUUGAUAGAAAUUAAAA